GCCGGGUUCCAUAAAGGCGGGAGCCUCGCUCCCCUCAGCGCCGCUCCCGCCGCCCGUGAGGCCCAGCCCCGCCAUGGCCGCCGCGCUCCGGCCCCUCCGCGCCCUCAGCCGAGCCGCGCUGGAGCCCCGCGCCCGCCGCCUGCAGCUCAGCGCCGCCCGGGAGGACGCCGUGGUGAUCUCGGGGAGGAAGCUGGCGCGGCAGAUCCGGCAGGAAGCGCGGCACGAGGUGCAGCAGUGGGUGGCUGCAGGGAACAGGAGGCCUCACCUGAGCGUGGUGCUGGUGGGGGAAAACCCAGCCAGCCACUCCUACGUCCUCAACAAAACCAAAGCAGCUGCUGAUGUGGGGAUCAGCAGCGAGACCAUCCUCAGGCCAGCCUCCAUCAGCGAGGAGGAGCUGCUGGAGCUGAUCAGCAAACUCAACAACGAUGCAGCCGUGGAUGGGCUGCUGGUGCAGCUUCCCCUGCCUGAGCACAUCGACGAGCGCAGGCUCUGCAACGCCGUGAGCCCACACAAGGACGUGGAUGGCUUCCACGUGCUCAACGUGGGCCGAAUGUGCCUGGACCAGGACUCCAUGCUGCCUGCCACGCCCUGGGGCGUCUGGGAGAUCAUCAGGAGGACAGGAAUCCCAACACUGGGCAGGAACGUGGUGGUGGCGGGCAGGUCCAAGAACGUGGGGAUGCCGAUCGCGAUGCUGCUCCACACCGACGGCAGCCACGAGCGGCCCGGAGGGGACGCCACGGUGACGAUCUCGCACCGCUACACGCCCAAGGAGCAGCUGAAGCAGCACACGAUCCGCGCCGACAUCGUGGUGGCAGCUGCAGGCAUCCCCAACCUGAUCACGGCCGACAUGAUCAAGGAAGGCGCCGCCGUGAUCGACGUGGGCAUCACCAGGGUGCAGGAUCCCGUCACUGCCAAGCCCAGGCUGGUGGGGGACGUGGAUUUUGAGGGGGUGAGGAAGAAGGCAAGUUACAUCACCCCGGUGCCCGGCGGCGUGGGGCCCAUGACGGUGGCCAUGCUGAUGAAGAACACCAUCAUCGCCGCCAAGAAACUGCUGAAACCCAAAGAGCUCGGGGCUCUGCCUGCCUAGGCAGGCCUGGGAACUGAGCCUGGCUGGGCUCCCUUGGAUUUGGGCUCCCCAAGAGCUGGGUCUAGCUGGGCUCCACUUGGAUCUGGGCCCCAGAAGAGCUGGGCC